AUGUCCUACAAUCCAUACGCAAACAUUGCAGAUGCAGAUGCUACCCAGACAAACAGGGUCCAACAACCACAACCACAACGCGCAACUUCAUUUGGAAGUCAGGUACCACAUCCACAACAACUUCAUCAACAUCAACAACCAAUAGGUGUAGGUGCCGGUGGUGCUGGUGGUACUGUGCCAUUUGGUUCACAACAAUUUGUUCCAGGUCAACAAAUACCAGGUCAAAAUCCAAAUCAAUUCUUUACACCAGCUGCUAAUCAAGGUGAUAAUCCAGCUUUUGGUAAUUUUAUUAAUGAUCCAAGAGCUCAAAUGACUUAUCAAAUUGGUCAAGGUGCAUUUCAAGCAAGUUCUCAAUUUAUGGAACAAAAUUUUGGGAAAUAUGUUCAUACUGAUGAUAUAAAAUAUUAUUUUAAAGUUUCAAAUUCUUAUGUUUUAAGUAAAUUAUUAUUAAUUUUAUAUCCUUUCCAAAAUAAAAGUUGGUUAAGAAGUUAUAGAAGAUCUGAUGAUAGUAAUAAUCAAGUUGAUGCUGGUACUGAAUUAUAUGCUUAUCCGUUAGAAGAUAAAAACGCUGUUGAUUUAUAUAUCCCAUUGAUGGGUACUGUUACAUAUAUCUUAUUAUUAGCACUUUUAGCUGGUUUAAAAGGUGAAUUUCAUCCAGAAGUUUUUGGUUUUAAAACAAGUUCAACUUUAGCUUAUUUAUUAUUAGAUUUAACUGUUUUAAAAUUAGGUUUAUAUUUAUUAGGUGUUAAUUCUAAAAUUUGGGAUUUAGUUUCAUAUAUUGGUUAUAAAUUUGUUCCUUUAGUUUUAUUAGUUUUAAUUAAAAAUAUUUCAACUUCAAGAUUUAUAAAUAUUGGUUUUUAUCUUUAUUUAUUAGCUGCUUAUGGAUUUUUUGAAAUUAGAGCUAUAAGAUUUAAUCUUUAUGGUGGUGUUCAUAAUUCUGCUCAAACAAUGAAUAGUAAAUCUGCUAAAAAUUCAAAUUAUUUCUUACUUGCAUAUGCAUUAUUCCAAGGUUUAUUAUUAUGGUUAUUAAGUUGA